UAAAUCCAUGCCACUUCCAAUCUCACCACCCCCAUCGGUUUCUCUUCUCUAGUCAAAAACCUCUCCUUCUCUCUCAAACAAAGUCAAUCAUGUUGGACUCUCCAGAACUCCCAGAUUGCUUCUACCAGCACCAGCCAGUCUUAAUCUGUCCAAGCACCCCAACUCCUAAGCAUUCACUCUACCUCUCCAAUCUCGAUGACCAGAAGUUCUUGAGAUUCUCAAUCAAAUAUCUCUACCUCUUUGAGAAAUCUUUGAAUCCAGAUGUUCUGAAGCAUUCUCUCUCCAAUCUUCUGGUUCACUACUACCCAUUGUCAGGGAGGCUUAGACCCACCGCCACCACAAAAGAUGAUCAGAAGCUUGAGGUUGAUUGCAAUGGAGAAGGUGCUGUCUUUGCUCAAGCCUUCAUGGAUAUCACUUCCCAGGAAUUCCUUCAGUUUUCUAGGAAACCAAACAACUCCUGGAGGAAGCUCUUGUACAGAGUUGAUUCUCACUGCUUCAUAGAUAUCCCUCCUCUUGUUAUCCAGGUAACAAAUCUCCGUUGUGGAGGCAUGAUACUAUCCACCGCGAUCAACCACUGUCUAUGUGACGGCAUUGGCACGUCGCAGUUCUUACACGCAUGGGCCCACAUAACUGUGAAACCGAAUCUUGAUCUUCCAAUCACUCCGUUCCACAGCCGCCACGUGGUAAAACCACGUGAUCCGCCGAAAAUACCCUUCACGCAUCCCGGAUAUACUAGGAAUAACCUCGCCGACGUCGACAACAUCAACCAAUAUUUACAGUCCCAGCCACUGGUCCCGACGUCGUUCACAUUCACUCCGUCCCGUAUUCUGCGCCUGAAACAACAAUGUGUGCCGUCGUUGAAGUGUACCACCUUUGAAGUACUGGCAUCACACACGUGGCGCUCCUGGGUUCGAUCGUUGGACCUGUUACCUUCACAGGAUGUCAAGUUACUUUUUUCGGUCAAUGUUCGGAAGAAGUUAAUUCCAGAAGUGCCCCAGGGGUAUUAUGGGAAUGGAUUUGUGCUAGGGUGUGCAGAGACAAGUGUUGAGGAUUUGGUCAUGAGCAAAAACUUAUACCAUGGUGUUAAGUUAAUCCAAGAGGCUAAAUCAAUAUUAACCGAUGGUUAUGUGAGGUCGAUGAUCGAUUUGUUGGAGGACAAAACGGUAAAAACUGACUUAUCGACGAGUUUGGUUAUAUCUCAAUGGGCUAAAUUAGGGUUAGAGGAUUUAGAUUUUGGUGAAGGCAAGCCAUUGCAUAUGGGUCCUCUGACUAGUGAUAUCUAUUGCUUGAUUUUGCCGGUGAUCGGAGAUUUUGAUGCCCUAAGAGUGUCGUUGUCGGUGCCCGGAAGUGUGGUCGAGAAGUUUGAGUAUUACAUGCAAGAGUUUUGGGAUGUCGAAGAUCGACAUGGAGAGAGUAAUGAAUAUUAUGAAGGACAAAAUGGGAAUUGAUGAUUUGAUAAAUUUAAGUAUAAUAUAUGCUUUAUUUGGUAUGUUUAUUUUGUGUAUUGUAGUUCUCCCAAGUCAUAAUUAAUAAUAAAAAGUAAUGGGAGCAAGUCAUAAUGACCGUGAUUAUCGAUUGUCACUGUAUAUAAUCAUCUAUUAAUAUUGAUUAACAAGCUUUUGUCA